AUGUCGCCCUUGUUGCAGACCAUCGUGAGUGGCUUGGCGCUGGUCGGUUCGGCCAUUGCCUCUGGCCAUGGCCAGGAAGUCGAUACUCUCGUUGCUUCCCAGGUCCUCAACGAUCCCUAUGCCUUUGACUUCCCUCGCCUGGGCGCCCCUGGCGCCUCGUUGUUCCCCAUGCGUGACUGCCACGGUUUCAAGCUGGAGGAGGCCAGUGUCGAUGAGAUUCAGGAGCGCUUGAGCAAUGGAUCUUUGAACAGCGUUAAGCUGUUGGAAUGCUACCUUGACCGCAUCCACCAGACCCAGCCUUACCUCAAUGCCAUCCUGCAAUUCAACCCGGAUGCUUUCACUAUUGCCCAGAAGCUGGAUGAGGAGCGUGCUCAGGGUAAGGUUCGUGGUCCUCUCCAUGGUAUUCCUUUCAUUGUCAAGGACAAUAUUGCCAGCAAGGACCGCAUGGAGACCACUGCCGGCUGCUGGGCUUUGCUGGGUAACGUUGUGCCCCGCGAUUCUCACGUCGUGCACGGUCUUCGUAAGGCCGGAGCUUUGCUCCUAGGCAAGGGUGCUUUGAGUGAGUGGGCCGACAUGCGCUCGAACAACUACUCCGAGGGCUUCAGCGGCCGUGGCGGUCAGUGCCGCAGUGCCUACAACUUCACCGUUAACCCCGGUGGUAGCAGCACUGGUCCCGGUGUUGCCGUCGGUGCUAACCUGAUCCCCAUUGCCAUCGGUACCGAGACCGACGGCAGCGUUAUCAACCCUGCCCAGAGAAAUGCUAUCGUUGGAAUCAAGCCUACUGUUGGUCUGACCUCUCGUUCCGGCGUCAUCCCCGAGUCUCUGCACCAGGACACCAUUGGCACCUUCGGCAAGACCGUCCGCGAUGCCGUUUACACCCUUGAUGCCAUCUACGGCGUGGAUCCCCGCGAUAACUACACCCUUGCUCAGGAGGGUUACACCCCCAAAGGUGGUUACGCCCAGUUCCUCACCAACAAGGACGCUCUCAAGGGUGCCGUGUUCGGUCUGCCCUGGGAGUCUUUCUGGGCUCUUGGUGACGCCGACCAGAUUGCUCAGCUGCAGGAGCUUCUGACCUUGAUCAAGUCUGCCGGUGCUACCAUCGUCAACGGCACCGAGCUUCCUCACUACAAGACAAUUGUCUCUCCCGAUGGAUGGAACUGGGAUUAUGGCACCACUCGCGGUUACACCAACGAAUCGGAGUACUCCUACAUCAAGGUUGACUUCUAUAACAACCUGCGCGACUACCUCGCCGAGGUCAACAACACCAACAUCAAGACCGUCGAAGAUCUUGUGCAGUACAACAUCGACAACUUCGGUUCGGAGGGUGGUCUCCCCGGCAUCCACCCUGCCUUCGGCUCCGGCCAGGACGGCCUCAUUGCCUCCAUGGAGAGCAAGGGCAUCAUGAACGAGACCUACUUCUCAGCUCUGGAGUUCUGCCAGCGGACUACUCGCGAGGAAGGCAUUGACGCCGCUCUGAAGUACAAGAACCGCACUCUGGACGGCCUCCUCGUGCCUCCGGAUGUUGCUCAGAGCAUCCAGAGCGCUGCCCAGGCCGGCUACCCCGUUGUCACCGUACCGGCCGGUACCAAUGAUGUGUCUGGCAUGCCGUACGGCCUCGCGAUCAUGAACACUGCCUUCUCCGAGCCCACCCUCAUCAAGUACGCCAGCGCUAUCGAGGACCUCCAGAAGACCUCCGGUACCAAGUGGCAACGUACUCUUCCUGAGUGGCGUGGCUACCUGGAGCGCAACCUGCCCGUGAUCAUGUAA